AUGGGCUCCUCACUAAACUUCGCAAAGACAAUCUUAAUCCCCGCCUCCAUAGCCCUAACAAUCUACCUCCUCUUCACCCUCCUCAUCAUCCCCUUCUUCCGCCGCUACCACCAACGCUACUCCCAAUACCUCCCCCUACACACCCUCUCCGCGCACACCCUCUCCCUGCGCGACCGCAUAGCAGACACCAUAAUGCGGUUCUUCCUACCAUCCUCCUGGCGACGGGACGCACACCUGCACGAGCCUGAUAACGACAAUAUCAGCAUCGACGAGGAGGAGGGGGAGUUGAUGGUGGGCAUGGAUAUGGAUGCGCGGAGGAGGGAGGCGCUUGAGCGGAGGCGGAGUCAGGCGCCGGAGACGCAGGGCAGGCUUAGUCGCGAGUUGGAGGAGGGGUUUAUGGAUGAGAGUGAUGAGGAGGAGGAGACGGAGGUGCUUGUUAGGGGUGUGCUGGGGACGAGGCGUUCAUGA